CGUACAUACAUAUAUACAUAACGAGUCGAGUAUUUAUAUUGUCUAAAAGAGCACAUAUAGACUCGAGAAGAUGCUCACAUUAAGAACUUUAUUAAAACCCAAUAUAAAUAUAACGCUUCGUAAUAUUGCAACGAUCAGAGGUACACCCAAUGCUGUGCGCAUUGUUGAGGUUGGACCAAGAGAUGGUCUACAAAAUGAACCAAAAUUGCUACCGGCCUCAGUGAAAAUUGCACUAAUCGACCAAUUGUCCGAGACAGGCCUACACACCAUUGAGGCCACAUCCUUUGUCAGUCCAAAAUGGGUACCACAAAUGGGCGACAACACGGAAGUGCUGCGUGGCAUACAAAAGCGAACGGGUAUCACUUAUCCAGUGUUAACGCCUAAUUUAAAAGGCUUUGAAAGCGCUAUAAAAGCAGGUGCAACCGAAGUAGCCGUCUUUGGUGCAGCAUCCGACUCCUUUUCAAUGAAAAAUAUAAAUUGCACCGCAGCUGAGAGUAUCAAACGCUUCCAACCAGUCAUAGAGGCGGCACAAAAGGCUGAAGUUAAAGUACGCGGCUAUGUAUCCACUGUGAUUGGUUGUCCUUAUGAGGGGGCAGUGAAACCUGACGCUGUGGCAAAAAUUGUGUAUGCACUUUUCAGUAUGGGUUGUUAUGAGAUAUCAUUGGGUGACACCAUCGGCGUGGGUACACCUGGUUCUAUGCGUCGCAUGUUGGAUGAAGUAGUGAAAGUUGUGCCGCCAAAGAAAUUGGCAGUGCAUUGUCAUGACACCUACGGACAAGCGUUAGCCAACAUUCUUGUCUCCUUAGAAUAUGGCAUAGCAGUUGUUGAUUCCUCGGUGUCGGGGCUCGGUGGUUGUCCAUAUGCGCGUGGAGCCUCUGGCAAUGUGGCCACAGAAGAUGUAGUUUAUAUGCUGCAUGGAAUGGGUAUUGAAACAGGCGUAGAUCUAGAGAAAUUAAUAGCCGUCGGUCGUUACAUCUGCAAUGAGUUGGGCCGCCCAUCAGAAUCUAAAGUAAAUCGUGCUUGGAAGGGAGCAACACCACAAAAAAUAAAAGAGAAAUGCUAACAGAAAAAUAAUGGCAUGAAUCCUUUGAAAUUGACACCGAAACUGCGAUAAUGCUGCAUUUAUUAAACCAGCUUUACUAGUCUAUGCAUUUAUUUUAAUUGUAAAAAUAAAGCCAAACUUCAAUCCAGCAAACGAUUUCAGAAUAAGUAAAACUACAACUAUUAUAAAAAAAAAUAUACUCCAACCAAGUCACACCAUAUUAUAUGAUUCUAAUAUAGCCAUUCUAAAAUUUC